GGCAACUGGCUGGACAUCCCACUGCCGGAAUCAAGUGAUUGGCUGGGUCUCCUGCUGAUAGGCCUAUCUUUUUGCAGGAGACCGCAGGAAGGCAGAUUGCUGGACACAGGAUUUGCAGAAGCAGGCUGGGCAUCAGGAGCCGGUACAUCAGGCUGGGCAGCCGGCAGAGGCACGUCAGGCUGGGCAGCAGGCAGAGGCACGUCAGGCUGGGCAGCAGGCAGAGGCACGUCAGCAGGCAGAGGCACGUCAGGCUGGGCAGCAGGCAGAGGCACGUCAGGCUGGGCAGCAGGCACCGAGUCAUCUGGCACGACAGCGGGCACCGAGCCAUCUGGCACGACAGCGGGCACCGGGUCAUCUGGCACGACAGCGGGCACCGGGUCAUCUGGCACGACAGCGGGCACCGGGUCAUCUGGCACGACAGCGGGCACCGGGUCAUCUGGCACGACAGCGGGCACCGAGUCAUCUGGCACGACAGCGGUCACCGAGUCAUCUGGCACGACAGCGGGCACCGAGUCAUCUGGCACGACAGCGGGCACCGAGUCAUCUGGCACGACAGCGGGCACCGAGUCAUCUGGCACGACAGCGGGCACCGAGGCCGGACCACGGGCACCGAGGCAUCAGGCUGGAUCGGGUCAUCAGGCUGGAUCACGAACA